CUGUGUCAUCAGCAAACUUCAAUAUUUUAACAGAUGGGUCGUUUGAGAUGCAGUCAGAACCUGUUGGGAAUGUGGGGAGGCGUCCAGAAUUUUGACUUUUUUUAAAAAAGGAUAUUACGGUAUUCUCACGAGAAAGGAAGCGCUGAGGCAAGGAAAAGAAAAGGCACGGCGUAGUUCCAUCAAAAGCAACCAGCCCCCAGAGCGGUUACCCGGCUACCGCGAAGGAUUCCUUCCAGGGACAAAAUCCGGCGACCUUUCCCGUGCGAAGGCCGAGGAAAUUCGCCGUGCAAUCGGAUCUCCGAGGGGCGGGCUUGGAGGCUGGCCCAGGCUGGUCGUUCGGUAGGGGACGGCGCUCAGUCCCCACGGGCCGCUGGCUGCAAGAGAGAGCAACUCUCGGUCCCUUGAGGCUGAUAUUGCUGGGAUGGAUCCCCCUCCGCGGUUCUUCAGCUGGGACGAAAUCAAGUCUUACUCGAGCCGGGCGCCCGAGCGGUGGCUGGUGAUAGACAGGAAGGUCUACGACAUCAGCCAGUUCCACAAAAGGCAUCCGGGGGGCUCCCGCGUGAUCAGCCAUUAUGCUGGACAAGACGCCACGGAUCCUUUCACAGCAUUCCAUUUGGACAAGAAUCUAGUGAGAACAUACUUGAAGCCUUUACUCAUUGGGGAGCUUGCAGCAGAUCAGCCCAGCUUUGAACCCAACAAAAAUAAAGAACUUGUGGAGGACUUCCGGGAGCUCCGUGCCACUGUUGAAAAGAUGGGACUACUGAAUUCCAAUCAUCUCUUCUUCCUCCUGUCCCUUCUUCACAUCUUGCUGCUGGAUGUAUCAGCCUGGCUCAAUGUGUGGUAUUUUGGAACAUCCUUGGUGCCAUUCCUCAUCACCGCUUUGCUACUUGGGACUGUCCAGGCCCAAGCCGGUUGGCUGCAGCAUGAUUUUGGACAUCUUUCUGUCUUUGGCAAGUCUAAAUGGAACCACUGGAUUCACAAAUUUGUGAUUGGACAUUUGAAGGGAGCACCUGCCAGCUGGUGGAAUCACUGGCACUUCCAACAUCAUGCAAAGCCUAACUGCUUUCGCAAGGAUCCUGAUCUCAACAUGCAUCCUUUGUUAUUUGCCCUGGGAAAGAUACUAUCUGUAGAGCUUGGCAUAAAGAAAAAGAAGUUCAUGCCAUACAAUCACCAGCAUAAAUACUUCUUUCUCAUUGGUCCACCAGCUCUGGUGCCUUUCUACCUGCAGUGGUAUGUUUUCUACUUCGUUGUUCAGCGCAAAAAUUGGGUGGAUUUGGCUUGGAUGGUGACCUUCUAUCUUCGGUUCUUCAUAACAUACUCAUUUCUACUAGAUCUCAAGAGCCUCUUGGGUCUCUUUCUCCUGCUGAGAAUCAUAGAAAGUCACUGGUUUGUCUGGGUGACACAAAUGAACCACAUCCCAAUGGCCAUUGAUUAUGAUAAGAACAUGGACUGGCUUUCAAUGCAGCUUCAGGCAACAUGCAACGUAAACCAGUCCUUAUUUAACGACUGGUUUACAGGGCACCUCAACUUCCAAAUUGAACAUCAUCUUUUUCCCACCAUGCCUCGACAUAAUUACUGGAAGGUGACCCCCUUGGUGAAGUCCAUUUGUGAAAAGCAUGGCAUCCAGUAUCAAUCUAAGCCUUUGCUCACAGCCUUUGCAGAUGUUGUAUGUUCUCUCAAGGAAUCGGGGCAGCUCUGGUUGGAUGCCUACUUGCACAAGUAGGAGCCAAACACCAUGCCUUGUGGAACAGUUUUGGCCAUCCUUGUCACCUCCGCAAUUGAAGAAAGCAAGUGCCUGGUUCACUCGGGGGAGAUUACUCUUAUAAGCUGAAUUCUGAAACCUUGUGUUGCUGCUCCAAACAUUCUCAUAGUUCCCUUUUUAACUUGUGCAUCUCCUUUCUGUCUGAGGAUCUGAAAGUUUGUUCAAAAAUGCAUAUUGUUCAGCCUUCAGGACCAGAAAGCAAUACCAGGAAAGGCCUUCAUUGCCACUUCACUAAACUUGGUGUUUAGCAAAAAAACACAAAAACAAAAACACACUACCUUAGUUGCCUAUUCAUUGUGGAGUACAAGAGCCUAUUUAGUGGAAGCAGUUGAAAGGAGAGAACCUGGAAAGAGAAAUUCAGCAGCUGGGAAUAGAAACUCCUGGUAGGGGAGAUUCAAACUGGGCCAUAGCUUAGCACUGGAGAAGUUUGGAGAAGGAAGAAACAAAGGAGACUACAGGGGCUGAGAGCCUUGAUCGGAAGCAGCCUAUGAAGGAAAUAAAUCAAUGAUUUAUUUAAAUAGAAAUCAGUCAGUUCCUGGAUGUAAUUCACAAGCACUAGAGAAUACUUAGGCAAGCUUAACUAUGGGGAGAAAAACUAUGGGCCACAACUCCCUGACAUUCCUGGAUGUACCUUACAUAAAAGGAUAAAGAACAUAAUAUAAUUAUCCACAUGCCUCUUCUAUAAGUGUAUAAGACAAGUUAGUGAAAGGAGACUAAUGAAUGUUGAUGGACUUAUUAUUAAUUAUUAGUGCAAAUAAAUGCUUUGGGCAAAUCUGCUGUUACAUUUUGGAGGUGCAAAAGGAGAAUAAAGCAAAUCUUUUGGUAUUGCUUAUUUAUUAUGGCCACUUUCUAUGCCUGAAUUAAACUUUGUUCUCCAGAAGGGCUAAACUGCUAAACUUUAUGACCUGUUGACUUCAACUCCCAGAAUUCCGGAGCCAGAAUGGUUACCAACCACCUCUAAAGUUGUGUGCUACUCUUUGAUUCUCAUGCAAGUUGGCAGAGACAAGUCUUCGUGCUUUUCCCCAGAAAAAUGGAGACCAAUAUCGCCCCCAGGGGCAAAAUGUUCUACAGGACGGGGCAGUGGGAGAUAAGUCUGUUGCCCUAGAUCCCAUCAAUCAUAUCUCUUUAACUGAAGGUAUCCAUAAAAUACCCUCUCACCAUGACUAGGUGGUAUGGUUGAGGUAAUUCGGGCAAAACAGCUUCUCUGGUACCAUGCCUUGAGUGGCUUUAAAGAUAAUAACCAACCCCUUGAACUGAAAGCAAACUGGCACCCAAUGCAGUUCACACAGUAGAGGUGUUAUAGCACAGUCCUUGGGGCACCCAGAACGGCUCACUUGCUCACAUUCUGCACCGCACUAGCUGGAGCUUCCAGAUACUCUUUGAGGAUAGCCCCAUGUAGGGUACAUUGUAGCAUAGGUUGAUCCAUACUACUAAAUGAUCCAUACUAAUAAAUGAGCACUGAGGGAAAUAUUGUUUCUGUUGUUAAAUGGAUUGUACUGGGUUUUAUUGCAUAAACUUUAUAUGGGAGUUACCCAGAUUAUCCAAAGUUGCCCAU